GCCCACCAUGCCCAACCCAACCAUCGCCGUCCUAGACGACUACCAACGCGUCUCCACCACCCCCCUCACCCCCCUAACCCCUCACUUCACAAUCCACCACUUCCCUGAAACGCUCAACCCCGCGGACCCAGCCUCCCACGCGGCCCUCAUCACGCGCCUCCAUCCCUACGACAUAAUCAUCGCCCAGCGCGAACGCACCCCCCUCCCCGCAUCCAUCCUCUCCGCCCUCCCCAACCUCAAACUCAUCCUCACAACCGGCGCGCGCAAUCGCGCAAUCGACACCGCAUAUUGCGCCCAGCGCGGCAUUCCCGUCGCGGGGACGAGUGGCCCCCGCAGCAGUACCACCGCACACAGCACGGUGCAGCACACGUGGGCGCUGAUCCUGGCGCUGGCGAGACAUGUUGUCCGGGACGAUGCCGCGCUGAAGCGUCCUGGCGGAGAAACAUGGCAAGGGGAGACGCUGGGGAUGAAUCUUGCGGGGAAGACGCUGGGGCUAGUGGGGUUGGGGAAGUUGGGGGCGGAGGUGGCCAGGGUGGCUGUGUUGGCGUUUGAUAUGCGCGUUGUGGCGUGGUCGGAGAAUUUGACGCCUGAGAAGGUGGACGCUGUUGCGAGGGAAAUUGGGGUGGGAGAGGGAAAGAUGCGGUGCGCGGAGAGCAAGGAAGAGCUGUUCAAGGUGGCUGAUGUGGUGAGUUUGCAUUAUGUGUUGUCGGAACGGAGUCGCGGGGUGGUCGGACGGGUGGAGCUGGAGAGGAUGAAGGGGGGUGCGCUGCUGGUGAAUACGUCGAGGGGGCCGUUGGUGGAUGAGAUGGCGUUGUUGGAGACGCUAUCAAGGGGAGGCAUUCGUGGGGCGGCGCUCGAUGUGUUUGAUUUGGAGCCGUUGCCGGCGGAUAGUCCGUGGCGGACGACGGCUUGGGGGACGGAGGGACGGAGUGAGGUUGUGUUGACGCCGCAUAUGGGGUAUGGGGAUGAGCAGAUCCACGCUUGGUAUGAGGAGGUUGCGCGGAAUUUGGCGAGGUGGAGGGAUGGGGAGGAGUUGACGACGCGGUUGAAUUGA